CACAAAGCUACCACGCGACUGGAACCUCCAACGCCUUAAUGAGACUCGGUUGAACUCAGCUCGCAUAUGAACGUGCCGCGCAGCUCUACCUUGAAAAGAAAACUAUUGGCGGACUGCAAAUGAAAUCCCACGACGUCAUCUUCCGUUGUUCAUUUGUUGCGCGCCUGUUCUCGCCAUAGCUCACUCUUCGCACGUUCUACGAAAUAUAAUACAGUCAGGGAAGACAACACAACCCUGCCUGCCUUCCGAUUGCGACUUCGAUCACGCCCGUAGCGCACCAGAUCCAUCUGCGGUGGCUGCUAGAACUGCCAUCAGAGCCACUCCCGCACCUUCACGCACGCUCUCGCACGUAUGGCCGACUCAGACUAUUCCUACGAUGGCGAUGAGGUUUCUGGCGACGAGUAUAUUGGCUCUCGAGCCAACUCAAGCAGACAAGCACAGCCGCAGGCCGGCGGCAGACAAGGUGCUAGAGAAGCUGCACCAAAGCCGGCGCGCAAAGCUUGGGAAACCGAAGAUUCGCGGACGGUCGAGAAAACCAAAGUAUCUGCUGGCGACGAAGACAUAGGACAAAGUGUGCAGGAACGAGAAGAGGAGCGCAAGCGCAAACGAUUGCGCAAGGAUACAAAACCUUUCCAACGUGGUAUUAUACGGCACGUCGUUCUGGUACUGGACCUGUCUGAGGCUAUGUUGGAGAAGGACAUGCGACCGAACCGCUUCUAUACCAUGAUAAACUAUGCGCAAGAAUACGUCCGCGAGUUCUUCGAGCAAAAUCCGAUCUCCCAGAUGAGCGUUCUCGGCAUGCAUGAUGGCAUAUGCAUUCGAGUUUCCGAGCUCUCAGGUAAUCCAGCAGAGCACGCAGCAGCGAUCUUAGGAUUACGAAGUAAAGAGACGGGCAAGGAGCCAAAGGGCGCGCCCAGUCUGCAAAACGCCCUCGAGCUUGCACGCGCAACCUUGUAUCAUACACCAAACCACGGCACGCGAGAAGUUAUAGUUGUCUUUGGCUCCCUCCUCUCCCUCGAUCCCGGGGAUAUUCACCAGACUGUCAAAUCUUGCGUGCGCGACCGCAUUAGAGUCAGCGUCAUAGGCAUGGGCGCACGACUUAAGAUAUGCCAGGAAAUUGUAACGCGAACAAAUGCUGGAGACGAGAGCGAGUACACUAUCGCGACCGACCAGGAAAUGCUCAAAGAGCUUCUGAUCGCAACAACUACACCGCCCGUCAUCCGAUCAGACACCGCAUCUACUACUCAGCAGCCUGAGAAAGGUGCAGCGCUGAUGAUGAUGGGAUUUCCCUCACGUGUGGUCGAGGACUCGCCGACAAUAUGUGCAUGCCAUGGCAAUCUAACAUUAGGAGGCUAUACGUGUUCAAGGUGUAGCGCGAAGGUGUGCUCUCUUCCUGUGACAUGUCCGAGCUGCCAGCUCACACUUCUACUCUCGACGCAUCUGGCGCGCAGUUAUCACCAUCUAUUCCCACUAAGGAAUUGGGCAACUGUGUCAUGGCAGCGUGCACGCGAGAAGAGGUCUAAAGACUGCGUGGGCUGUCUGUCAGUCUUCCCUGAGAUCCCCUCAAAGCAAGAGCUGGCUGCGCGAGCUCUGAAGAAAGAGAGGCAGCCGACGACGGGGAGCAUGUUUAAUGGGCAUACUGAGGGCGACAGCAGGACGGAAGAAGAUGAAAGUGGAGAGCAACACGCGAGUGAGAGCGCGAGAUAUGAGUCCACAUGGUGCUGCACAACUGCCCAGGAUGCCUGA